CCAUUGAGAUAUGGACAAGAAUUCCGGAGUUGGCUUGGAUGGUUGGACGCAACUUAGGCCUUUUUUAGUUAUAAAUAUAAAUAAACUCAUGUUUCCCUUAUCAAAGAUUAUUUCAAUAAUUAUCGCAAAUAAUUAUAAGUUCAUAAACAUUUUGAUGGUAAUCUUCUAAAAGAAAUUUUUUUUAAUCAAUGCAUCUUUUAUUUUAAACGAAAAUAUCUUUAAUAAUAUUUUACUAUUUAACAUGUUUUUAGUAUAUUUGUAAUUAGUUAAAGAUAUAAAAUCAAAAUGUAAAUUUUGCAAUAUCAUUUUUGUUAUAAAAAUAUGUAUGUAUUACGUGUAAAGAGACAUGAUAGUAGCGCACUCAUACGCCGUUUUAAGAAAUACCGAUAUCGUAUUCUGAAAAAUUCCACGGACUUAUAAUACUUUGCAACAGAAGAAUAAGUAAUUUGUAUUAUAUUGUCGAUUGUCGAGCAAACAAUUCCCCAGUAAAACAACUCAGAGUUCAAAGUUUAUGUUUAGCUAUUGAGAAAAACGAAGCAAAUGUAAGAGUACGCAUUUUGAAGGAGAUUUGUUAUACUGGAUAUUUAAUUUAUGAUAAAAUAAUUAUUUUACCUAUGAUAAAGGAUUUACUUAUUAGUUAUUAAGAUGGAAGUAGAAUUACCAGAUUGUAUUUAUAAAAUACAAGCUGUUAAUCGUGCACGUCAAAUACCAAGUGUAAAUUAUUUGUGGGAUAAAUCUAUGGAAGUAUAUGGUCGUGUGAAAGAGACAAAUGUAUUCAUUCAUUGGGCAUUUAACACAAUGGAAAAUGUUUUCAAUAUCGUAAUGGAAAAAUCAUUACCAGUAGCUAAGUUAAUGGAAAAGCCAAUUUAUACUUUGGAUAAAACACUUUGUCAAGGACUGGACUAUGUAGAAGUAAAGUUGCCUAUAAUCAAGGAAGAACCAAAACAGAUAAUUAAUCGUACUAAGUCUAUUGUAUCUAAACGUCUGAAACCAGCUGUUAAAACAUUAACUGAAUUAAAACAAGAAACCAAACAUAAAGUUAGAGUUAUGACAUUACUAACUUAUUAUAAAGUUCAUUACUUAAGGAUAUAUAGUUGGCAACAGGCAGAUCGAGUAAUGUCAACUGAAACAGGGAUUAAUAUUUUAAAGACUGUCGAUAAUACUACUGAUUUUGUUGAGUUAAUGUUAGAUAAAUAUUUGCCUGUUCCUUAUGAUGAAUUUCAUAGUAAUGAAACAGAAAAAUUAUGCAAUGAAGAUGGAAAACUACAUCAUACUGUGGAAAGGCUGAGUGAAUUUAGUUCUCGUGCUUCACGACGUAUUUACUUUGCUUUAAUAGAUAGGUGGCAACACUUGUACAAAAUAGAAAUUCUUAUUUUAAUAUUAUACACUCUUAUUGUUAUUCAAACAAUUAAAUGUUUAGAAUCAACAUUGUCGUUCAUUUUUAAAUUACUUAACAACUGCCUUGUCUCUCACUAGGAUGAAUGUAAUCUGUGAUAAACAUAUAAAACACUAACAGUGUAUUAAUAUUACUUUUAAAUUCCUGUUUGUUGAAUGUUUAUUAUAAUAUAUUUGAGAUUAAAAUUCUUGUCAUCUAGAUAUUAUGCAGUAUAAAUUAAAGCAAGCAAAUGCGGUAUUGUGAAUGAUUUUGUAAUAUCUUUAGUUUAUAUGUUGUAUUUUAUUUAUAUAACUGUAAAUUAUAUGAUUUUAUAAUCAUAUAAAAAAUA